GAGCAAAUGAAAAAUCAUAAUUUCGAUGCGAUCUGAAAUUUCGGUUCUCUCCCUCCGUACUCUUCGUCAUCUUCAUACGCGCGCUGCGAGUCGGAUUCAUCGGGGCUGAGUCAACUCGCGCCGUGGAUCGGACGUCGAGCUCCGAGGAAAUCGGCGGUUGAGGCUUUUACCGGUGACCUUCUCCUUCCUCCGUCUUUCUUUUCCUGGUUCUAGAUCUGUAUCUCUUGAGUUGUUGAGCUUGUCGUGACUUGGGAAUGGCUUCCUCGGAAGUCGAUUCCCGAUUGAGCCGAGUCGUAACACCAGCCUUAGAGAAGAUCGUCAAGAACGCGUCGUGGAGGAAGCACUCGAAGCUCGCCCAGGAAUGCAAAUCCGUCCUCGAGCGGCUUAAUUCGCCGCAGAAGCCGCCUCAGUCGUCCUCCGCGGAUUCCGAGUCCGAUUCCUCAGUUCCUGGUCCGCUUAAAGACGUUGGUACCGUCGAGUACUCGUUGGCUGAGUCGGAAUUCAUCCUCAGCCCUCUGAUCAACGCCUGUGGUACUGAACUCGUUAAGAUCAUCGACCCUGCCAUCGAUUGCGUACAGAAACUCAUCGCGCAUGGCUACAUUCGUGGCGAAGCGGACCCCUCCGGCGGAGCCGAUGCCCUUCUCCUCUGCAAAUUGAUCGAAUCCGUUUGCAAAUGCCAUGAUUUAGGAGACGACGCUAUUGAAUUACUCGUGUUGAAGACUCUCUUAUCGGCGGUUACGUCUACGUCGCUGAGGAUUCACGGCGAUUGCCUGCUCCAGAUUGUACGGGCUUGCUAUGACAUUUACUUGGGAAGUAAGAACGUGGUAAAUCAGACGACUGCGAAGGCGUCGCUGAUCCAGAUGUUGGUGAUAGUAUUCCGAAGAAUGGAGGCGGAUUCGUCAACGAUUCCAAUUCAGCCGAUCGUAGUAGCCGAGCUGAUGGAGCCCAUCGAGAAAUCGGAUGCCGACGGGUCGAUGACGCAGUUUGUCCAGGGUUUCAUCACCAAAAUCACGCAGGACAUCGAUGGCGUCUUGAAUCCUACAAUGCCAGGCAAGAGUUCAUCGAGUGGUCACAACGGGGCAUUUCAGACAACCACAGUGGAGGCCACAAAUCCGACAGACUUGUUAGACUCCACUGAUAAGGACAUGUUGGACGCUAAGUAUUGGGAGAUUAGUAUGUAUAAGUCAGCUCUCGAGGGAAGGAAAGGGGAACUGGUGGAUGGGGAAGCUGAGAGAGAUGAUGAUGCCGAGAUUCAGAUCGAGAAUAAGCUACGGAGAGAUGCCUUCUUGGUUUUCAGGGCACUUUGUAAGCUCUCCAUGAAAACGCCUCCAAAGGAUGCAUCAGCGGACCCGCAGCCGAUGAGAGCAAAGAUUCUAGCCCUUGAGCUAUUGAAAAUUUUGUUGGAGAAUGCUGGAGCUGUCUUUAGGACAAGCGAGAGGUUUUUAGGUGCUAUCAAGCAGUAUUUGUGUUUGUCUUUAUUGAAGAACAGCGCUUCUACUCUUAUGAUCAUCUUCCAGCUUUCUUGCUCUAUCUUCAUCAGUCUGGUUGCUAGAUUCCAUGCUGGAUUAAAGGCGGAAAUUGGGGUUUUUUUCCCCAUGAUUGUUCUCAGGGUCUUGGAAAAUGUUGCACAACCCAAUUUUCAACAGAAGAUUAUAGUUCUUAGGUUUCUUGACAAGCUCUGUUUGGAUUCACAAAUCCUGGUUGAUAUAUUCCUUAACUACGAUUGUGAUGUCAAUUCGUCCAAUAUUUUUGAGAGGAUGGUCAAUGGUCUCCUUAAAACUGCUCAGGGUGUGCCUCCUGGCAUAGCUACAAAUUUGUUGCCACCUCAGGAGGUAACCAUGAAACUUGAAGCCAUGAAAUGCUUAGUAGCAAUUUUGAAGUCGAUGGGAGACUGGGUGAAUAAGCAAUUGCGCUUACCAGAUCCUAAUUCUGCGAGUAUACCUGAAACAUUUGACAACAGUUCUGAACCUGGGAGUCCUAAAUUGGCAAAUGGUAAUGCGGAUGAGUCUGUUGAAGGAUCAGAUUCUCCUUCUGAAACAUCAGGUGAGACAUCUGAUGCUUCAGCCAUCGGACAGCGCCGUGCUUACAAGCUUGAACUUCAGGAGGGUAUUUCACUUUUUAACCGUAAGCCAAAGAAAGGGAUUGAAUUUCUUAUCAAAGCAAACAAGGUGGGUGACUCUCCUGAGGAGAUAGCUGCUUUUCUCAAAGACGCAUCAGGGUUAAAUAAAACUUUGAUUGGUGAUUAUUUGGGAGAAAGGGAAGAGUUAUCACUUAAGGUGAUGCAUGCCUAUGUAGAUUCUUUUGAUUUUCAAGGCAUGGAAUUUGAUGAGGCUAUCAGAACCUUUAUUCGAGGCUUUAGGUUGCCGGGAGAGGCGCAAAAGAUUGACCGGAUCAUGGAAAAAUUUGCUGAACGGUACUGCAAAUGUAAUCCACAGGUUUUUAGUAGUGCAGACACAGCCUAUGUUCUCGCGUAUUCUGUGAUUCUGCUGAACACUGAUGCACACAAUGCCAUGGUGAAGAACAAGAUGUCGGCUGAUGACUUUGUCAGAAACAAUCGUGGUAUAGAUGAUGGAAAAGAUGUACCUGAGGAUUACUUGCGAUCUUUGUAUGAAAGGAUAACGAGGAAUGAGAUAAAGAUGAAAGAAGAUGAUUUGUCUCUACAACAGAGGCAGUCUACCAACUCGAACAGAUUGCUGGGUUUGGAUGGUAUACUGAACAUAGUGAUUCGAAAGCGGGGUGAGGUUUCUGUGGAGUCAAGUGAUGAACUUAUUAGGAACAUGCAAGAGCAGUUUAAAGAGAAAGCUCGCAAAUCUGAAUCCGCUUACUACGCUGCAACAGACAUUGUUAUCCUCAGAUUUAUGGUCGAGGCAUGCUGGGCCCCAAUGCUUGUGGCCUUCAGUGUGCCUCUGGAACAGAGCGAUGAUGAGACAGUGAUUAACUUAUGUCUUGAAGGCUUCCACUACGCCAUCCAUGUCACUUCUGUAAUGUCCAUGAAGACCCACAGAGAUGCCUUUGUGACUUCACUAGCGAAGUUCACUUCCCUUCACUCUCCUGCUGAUAUCAAACAGAGAAAUAUUGAAGCCAUUAAGGCGAUUGUCAGGCUUGCUGAUGAAGAGGGUAAUUACUUGCAAGAUGCCUGGGAGCAUAUACUAACUUGUGUUUCUCGAUUUGAGCACCUUCAUCUCUUGGGAGAAGGUGCUCCUCCAGAUGCAACUUUCUUUGCUUUUAAGCAAAACGAGUCGGAGAAAUCAAAACAGUCCAAACCGAAUAUUCUUCCUGUUCUGAAAAAGAAAGGACCUGCAAAGAGUCAUGCGGGUUCAGGUGUCUUGAGGGGUUCAUAUGAUAGUACGAGUCUUGGCGGAAGAAAGGGUUCUGGCACAGUGAGACCUGAACAAAUGAACAGUAUUGUUUCCAGUCUAAAUUUGUUGGAACAGGUUGGCGAUAUGAAUCGAAUAUUUGUUCGAAGUCAGAAACUGAACAGUGAAGCUAUAAUCGAUUUUGUUAAAGCUCUCUGCAAAGUUUCUAUGGAUGAAUUGCGGUCUCCAUCUGAUCCACGCGUUUUUAGUCUCACAAAGAUCGUGGAGAUAGCGCACUAUAACAUGAACCGUAUAAGGCUUGUCUGGUCAAGCAUCUGGCAUGUGCUGUCGGAUUUCUUUGUGACGAUUGGAUGUUCAGAGAACCUCUCAAUUGCAAUUUUUGCCAUGGAUUCUUUACGGCAAUUAUCAAUGAAAUUCUUGGAGCGGGAAGAGUUGGCUAAUUACAACUUUCAGAAUGAAUUUAUGAAGCCCUUUGUCAUCGUUAUGCGUAAAAGCGAUGCUGUUGAGAUCAGAGAGCUUAUCAUCAGAUGUGUUUCUCAGAUGGUGUUAUCACGUGUAAAUAAUGUGAAGUCAGGAUGGAAGAGCAUGUUCAUGGUUUUUACAGCAGCAGCUUAUGAUGACCAUAAAAACAUUGUUCUGUUGGCGUUUGAGAUUAUCGAGAAGAUAAUUCGAGACUACUUCCCAUACAUCACUGAAACGGAGACAACCACCUUCACGGAUUGCGUUAAUUGCCUGGUUGCAUUCACUAAUAGCAGAUUCAACAAGGAUAUAAGUCUCAGUGCCAUUGCUUUCCUUCGGUAUUGUGCAGCAAAACUCGCCGAAGGAGAUCUUGGGUCAUCGCCAAAGCACAAGGACGGGGAAACCUCAGGAAAGAUUCCUUCAUCAUCUCCUCACUCUGGAAAAAGCAGUGAAAGUGGGGAGGUUGUUCACAAGGAUGACCAUUUGUACUUUUGGUUUCCGUUACUGGCCGGUUUAUCAGAGCUUAGUUUUGACCCAAGACCAGAAAUCAGGAAGAGGGCACUAAAGAUUCUGUUUGAGACUUUACGCAAUCACGGUCACCUUUUCUCUCUACCCUUGUGGGAAAAAGUGUUUGACUCAGUAUUAUUUCCGAUAUUCGACUAUGUCCGGCAUGCUAUUGAUCCUUCUGGUGAGGAUGAAACUGCUGACGAUCAUGGAAAUUACGGUGAUAAUGAUAUGGGUGGCCUUGACCAUGAUGCAUGGCUCUACGAGACAUGCACAUUAGCCCUACAGCUCGUAGUGGAUCUUUUCGUCAAAUUCUACAUAACCGUGAGUCCACUUCUGAGAAAGGUGUUGACGCUUCUUGUAAGUUUCAUCAAGCGACCUCACCAGAGCCUUGCAGGCAUCGGAAUUGCUGCAUUUGUCCGGCUGAUGAGUGAUGCCGGUGAUUUGUUCUCGGAAGAUAAGUGGCUACAGGUAGUGUCCUCUUUGAAAGAAGGAGCGAAAGCUACAUGCCCGGAUUUCUCUUACUUUCUCAGAGAAGAAUACGUAGAGAAAAAUCCGAGCAUCGUUAGAAGCUCUGCAGAAUCUUCUGCUCAUCCAGCUGGAGUGGAUGAUGAUGAAGAAGAGAGCCAGAGAACAAUCCGUCUCUAUGCUGCCAUAGCUGAUGCUAAGUGCCGAGCUGCUGUUCAGCUUUUGCUUAUCCAGGCUGUGAUGGAGAUUUACAACAUGUACCGACCUCGCCUUUCGACAAAAAACACAUUGGUGCUCUUUGACGCGAUGCACGGGGUGGCGUUGAAUGCUCAAAGUGUAAACAGCAACUCCGUGCUACGUUCCAGGCUUCAAGAGCUUGGUUCCAUGACCCAGAUGCAGGACCCUCCAUUGCUUCGCCUCGAAAACGAGUCGUAUCAAAUCUGUCUCACCUUCUUACAGAACAUCCUCGUAGGUUGCAGAGACGCCGAAGUAGAAUCCCUCCUCGUCAACAUCUGUCAAGAAGUACUCCAAUUCUACAUCGAGACUUCUUCGUCCAGAAAGCGGCCAUCACCAUCACCAUCAUCAUCAUCAUCAUCAUGCCAUUGGAGGAUACCUCUAGGUACAGGGAGACGACGGGAAUUAGCAGCAAGGGCGCCUCUCGUGGUGGCGACCCUCCAAGCGAUAUCUGGGCUCGGAGAUUCAUCGUUCGAGAAGAGCCUGGAAAAUUUGUUUCCUCUUCUGUCUAACUUGAUAAGCUGCGAGCACGGCUCGAACGACGUCCAGGUCGCUCUUGGCGACAUGCUCGGGUUAUCGGUCGGUCCGAUAUUGCUCCAUUCGCUCUGAUUAUAUGGCUCCUUUCUCCACAGUUUUUAAGGGUACAUUAUUCUAUAUUUCCAUCUCCUUUUGGUUGUAAAAGUAGAGUUCAUAUUAUAAAUGGUAAGGUAGGUGUAGCGGGUUGACAUGAUAGAGCCUUUUGCUGUUACAGUGCUUCCUGAAGUUGAAUACCCUCCCCCCCAAAAAGCAUGAGUGAGUUUUUUUCGUUCUCAGCCCAGUAAUGUCCUCUCCCUCGGCCCACGAUCACUUUGUUUAAUGGGCCCAAUGGGCUUCUAUUAUAUGGCGGCCUUUGGUCGGCUUCUUCAA